AUGGCGCGCUCCUUCCUUCUCGGCCUCGUAUACGCGGCCUUGUUCGCGCUCUCCGUGCGCGCCUUUGGGCUCACUGAGAGCGGGAACAACUAUGUGGUGGAUACGUCUGGCGGCCUUGUGUUCACGGUCGACAAAACCUCUGGGGACAUCACCUCCAUGAAGUUCAACGGCAUCGAGGCGCAAGACUCGAGCAAGCAUAGUCAUAUCGCGUCCGGGAUCGGCGCGUCUUGCAGUUGGACCCGCACAGGCCACAACGACAACUACAUCAAGAUCACCUGCACGGCGUCUGGGAUUGUGCAAUACUACGUGGCCAAGUACAACGACCCUAGCAUCCAUAUGGCGACCUACACCUCCUCCGAGCCCUCCGUCGGCGAGCUCCGCUUCAUCGCCCGCCUCAAGAAGUCCGCGCUCCCCAACGGGUACGCCGUCUCCGAGAUGGAGGGCGGCACCGCCAUCGAGGGCUCCGAUGUCUUCCUCGUCAAUGGGCAGACCAGGUCCAAGUUCUACUCCUCCAGGCAGCAUAUCGAUGACCAGGUGCACGGCGUCACGGGCUCGAACAUCGGCGCGUUCAUGAUCAUCCCCGGCACGGGGUACGAGGGCUCCUCGGAACUCGCAUCAGACAUGAACUCGGGCCACACACAGACGGAGAGCUACCGGAUGGGGCUGCAUGGGCCUUACGCCCUCACCUUCACCACCGGCUCGACACCGUCUGGCGAUCUUGACACCUCCUUCUGGGAAGGGAUCGGCGACGUCCAGGGCCUUGUCACCCAGGCUCAGCGUGGCCGCGUCACGGGCAAAGCGUCCGGCUACGCCUCGGGUCAGGCUGAGUACAUCGUAAUUGGCUUCGCGAAUAGCGAUGCGCAGUAUUGGGUCCGCGCGCGCUCGUCCGACGGCCGCUUCACGAGCCCGUACAUGAAGCCCGGGACGUACACCAUGACGCUAUACGAAGUCGAGCUCGCCGUCGCCUCGCAAAGCGUCACCGUCAGCGCCGGCGGCCUCGCGACGUCGAAUAUCGCGUCGACGAUUGCGCGUCCGAGCGCGAUCUGGCAAAUCGGCGAGUACGACGGGACGCCGAGGGGUUUCUUGAAUGCUGACCCGAGCGACAACCGGAUGCACGACUGGGUCAGGGAUUACACUGUCAGCACGAACAACAUCUACUACUUCCCCAUGGCGCUCUUCAAGGACGUCGGCGCCACGACUAUCCGCUUCAGCUUGCAGUCGGGGCAGGGCGGCGCGCGCACGCUCGAGAUCGCCACCACGCUCGCCUUCGCAGGUGGUCGCCCCACGGUCCAGGUGAACGACUGGAGCGGGAAGGCGCCGUCCGCGCCCAACCAGCCCGAUUCGCGCGGCGUGACGAGGGGGACGUGGAGGGGGAAUAACAUCCUCUACUCGUAUGCCAUUCCGGACGGCGUCCUCCACACCGGCAACACGCAGAACACCAUUACAAUCAACGUUAUCUCUGGGUCUUCGGGCAGUCAAUUCUUGUCUCCCAACUUUGUCUUCGACAUGGUUCGCUUGUACUAACUUCAUUCUUUUUCUAUGCCGCUCUUUCUUCUGGCCCUGGCACAUUUGGGUAUAAUGAAGUGGUAAUACUGUGUACAAUGGAUAUACCUUCGUUCUGCGACUUCAAGCUGAGAACCUGAGCAUAAGACGCUCUCGCGGUGUGGUAUGCUGGAAGCUUCGUGGAAGCUCAACAUCACCACCAGGCUUCAGGCACUUCCUCGGGCGGACUAACAAGGUACUUGCGGAGCUGGAGUCGGGUGUGGAAGCGCCGUAGGGGGACCAAGUCUCGACAAUGAGCGAAUGUGGGUCUUUUCGUCCUUGAGUUGUAUUGCGAAGUCCACUUGUGCGCCACCGAAGAUG